AUGGCCGAAGAUGGCAUGCUUCUGAAUUUUAGCCUGGAUGAUACCAUCAUCACGCCCCAGCAACGCUUCAAAGGCGGAACAUGGAAGGAUCGUCUGGUCGCUAAGAAAAUCGCGGUGAAGCGACAAAAGAAAGGCGGACAAGGCGGGGGCUCGGGAGAAGCAAAAGGAAAUAAUGCUUAUAACCCCAACAGAAUCGAAGUUUCUGUUGGCCAAAGACCUGCGAAGAGGCAGAGGGUUGACAACGGAGAUUUCAAGCCUGCGACGAAACCAGGUUCCGGCGCCACGACAGGAAAUAAAGAGCAGGUCGAUCGCAAGGCAACUGGAGACAGACAGGUUAUUUCUUCCUUGUUUACAUAUAACCCUUCUGCGAAAACCGCGGCGACGACGACGGAUGAAACCGCACGGGACGGGGACACCUCAGAGCCAGCGAAGCCGUCGAAUGCGCCUCUCGUCGACGGAAUUGAUACAUUUACAUCCCUCGGCUUAUCACCCAACCUAGCAGCGCAUCUACUGACAAAACUUCACUUGAAAACUCCGACGGCGAUCCAGAAGAGCUCAAUACCCCAGCUUUUGAAGCAAGGGCAUGAUGCAUUCGUCCAAGCGCAGACCGGCUCGGGGAAAACGCUAGCCUACCUUUUACCGAUCGUUGAGCAGCUGAUGAGGAUAUCGAGUCAUAAUAAGGAGAAAAAGUACAGUGGAUUUCAUAGGGAAUCUGGACUCUUUGCAAUCGUUCUGGCCCCGACAAGAGAACUGUGUAAACAGAUCUCUGUCGUGCUUGAUGGACUACUCCGGUGUGCGCACUGGAUCGUUGCAGGGACCGUGAUCGGAGGAGAAAAGAAAAAAUCGGAAAAAGCACGGCUGCGCAAGGGAUUGAAUAUCUUGGUUGCCACGCCUGGUCGAUUAGCGGAUCAUUUGGAGAAUACCAAAGUCCUCGAUGUUAGCAAUGUUCGAUGGCUGGUGCUAGAUGAAGGUGAUAGGCUCAUGGAUUUGGGAUUCGAGGAAGAAAUUCAGGGCAUAAUAAAGAAAUUGGACCAGAGACAGAAACCGACUAAUAUACAGGAGUUACCGACUAAGCGGUCCACGAUUUUGUGUUCGGCAACACUGAAGAUGAAUGUGCAGAGACUAGGGGAGAUUAGCUUGAAGGAUGCGAUACAUGUACAGGCAGAGCCUACCGACGAGGACGAUGAUGUUUCGAAGGAAGAUAGGUCGAAACAGACAGAAUUUCUGGCACCAGCCCAGUUGAAACAGUCGUACGCAGUUGCGGCUGCAAAGCUUCGAUUAGUUACCCUUACGGCCCUCUUAAAACGAACAUUUGCACGCAAAGGAUCAGUCAUGAAAGCGAUCAUCUUUGUUUCUUGCGCGGACUCUGUGGAUUUCCACUACGAAGUUUUCACUCGACGUGAAAACAACGAAGAAUUGCCAGACGCUGAUGAUGACAAGCAGCCUACAAACCUUCAUGGCACCUUUGCAACAGCGACGGCGUUUUCUAAUCCCUCUAAUACGGUUAUCCUACAUAAACUUCACGGCUCCCUUCCGCAGCACGUCCGAACAGCAACGCUUUCGGCUUUUGCAAAGCAAAAGGAUACUUCCGUUUUAAUCUGCACAGAUGUCGCAGCCCGUGGUUUGGAUUUGCCCAACGUCGAUUUCGUGAUUGAGUAUGACCCGGCAUUCUGCUCGGACGAUCAUCUUCACCGUAUCGGCCGCACGGCAAGAUUAGGUCGCGAUGGUCGUGCACUGAUCUUCCUCCUGCCAGGAAAUGAGGAAGGCUACGUUGAUAUAUUGAAAAGCAGCUACCGCGAGGGAAGCAACAAUGCUGUUGCGAGAAACGACGCAAACGAGAUCCUCAAGCGGGGUUUUGGUGGGAAUAGUGAGUCCACUAGCAAAGGCUGGGAGGAAAAAGCCACUGAGUGGCAGCUUGAUAUUGAACGUUGGGCCCUUGAAAACCCAACCAUUUUAGAGAUGGCUAGGCGGGCUUAUCAAUCUCAUAUCCGCGCGUAUGCGACGCAUAUUGCUGCUGAACGACAUAUGUUCAAUAUCAAGGACUUGCACCUUGGUCAUCUAGCGAAAAGUUUUGCGUUGCGUGAUAGACCAGCCAAAAUCAACGUUCCAGGUCUGCGACCAGGUAAAGACGACACCAAGAAAUCAUUCAAAGCCGAUCGUAAGGCUGUAUCAGGCGAGAAGAGAAAGGCGUCUGCCCACGAUGACAAUCCGUCAACGACGGAUGCUGCCGAAGGUAGGAGGAAAAUGCAACAAAAGUUGAGGGAACAUAUGGCCGGGGCCAGUGAAUUUAAUCUUGCUUAG